AAUUCAAUAGAAAGAAUUGAAAGAUAUGGGUCAAGCUUUAGGUUGUAUUAUAGUUGGACAAUCAAAUGUGGCAAUUAAGGAACACUUUGGGAAAUUUGAUGAUGUUCUGCAACCUGGGUGUCACUGCUUGCCUUGGUGCCUCGGAUACCAGAUAGCCGGCGGCCUUUCGCUCCGUGUGCAGCAACUCGAUGUCAAAUGCGAGACAAAAACCAAGGAUAAUGUGUUUGUGAAUGUGGUUGCUUCUGUGCAAUACCGCGCCUUGGCCGAUAAAGCAUCUGACGCCUUCUAUAGGCUCACCAACACAAAGGAACAGAUACAGUCAUAUGUUUUCGACGUUAUCAGGGCAAGUGUGCCAAAGUUGGAGCUGGAUGCUGCCUUUGAGCAGAAGAACGACAUAGCAAGGGCCGUCGAAGAUGAGCUUGAAAAGGCCAUGUCUGCUUAUGGAUAUGAGAUUGUUCAGACCCUUAUUGUUGAUAUAGAGCCUGAUGUUCAUGUCAAGAGAGCUAUGAAUGAGAUUAAAGGAGAAGCCGAGUCCAAAUACCUGUCGGGACUCGGAAUAGCUCGACAGCGCCAGGCCAUUGUGGAUGGACUGAGGGACAGUGUGCUUGAAUUCUCCGAGAACGUGCCCGGGACGACAGCAAAAGAUAUCAUGGACAUGGUUCUGGUGACACAAUACUUCGACACAAUGAAGGAAAUUGGUGCUUCUUCAAAGUCCUCAUCAGUGUUCAUACCACAUGGUCCUGGUGCUGUUAGGGAUGUUGCUGAGCAAAUCAGAGAUGGUUUACUUCAGGCCAAUGCCUCACCAAAUCUCUUAAAUUAAGCCUUUUUCUGGAGUUGUGAAUAACAAUACUAAUGUAUAUUGUAUGUGUGUGUGUGUGCUUUCUGGAUAAUUGAUGUUUUUGUGCUUGGUUUUGAGUGUUAAAGACUAGCUGUUAAAGCUUUCAAUAUUAAAGAUUGGUGGAAGCUGCAAGGAUUACUUCUUAGAUUUUCUUUAA